CAUUUAUUGUUGAAAAAAAAAAGUUGUGGUGAUGAAGUGAGGUUGGAGUUGGGUGUGUAGAUUAAGUGACAUGACAUAUGUUGUGUUGUGUUAGUUUUGAUUUGCUUAAUUUAAUAAUGGCUUCUACAAGUGCUGCUGCUACGUUCCCUUUUUGUUCGCUUCAAUUUCACUCUCUUUCUUCCAAUCCUCAAUUUUUCGUCGCCAAAAUCCCUAAUUACCAAAUCUCCUUUUCUUCUUCGAGACGGACUUCUAAUUAUAAUAAGCGCGUUUACGCAAAAGCUGUUUCUACAGACCCGCAAAUAGCUCUCACCGAGGAUAACCAAAACACUCCCUCGUCAACCUCCUCUAAGCUGGUUCUUGUUGUUGGUGCUUCUGGAGGUGUUGGGCAACUAGUUGUAGCAUCAUUGCUUCAGCGGAAUAUUAAAUCGCGCUUGAUACUUAGGGAUCUUGAGAAAGCCAAGGCAUUGUUUGGUGAACAAGAUGAGGAGAGAUUUCAGGUAUUCAGAGGAGACACAAGGAAGCAGGGUGAUUUGGAUCCAUCCAUAUUUGAGGGAGUCACUCAUGUGAUUUGCUGCACAGGAACAACCGCUUUUCCUUCAAGGCGGUGGGAUGAUGACAAUACACCAGAAAGUGUUGAUUGGGUGGGAGUGAAGAAUCUAGUAUCUGCAUUGCCUUCCUCAGUGAAGAGAGUUGUUCUUGUGUCAUCAAUUGGUGUGACCAAGUGUAAUGAAUUGCCAUGGAGCAUUAUGAACCUAUUUGGUGUCUUGAAGUAUAAGAAGAUGGGGGAGGAUUUUCUUCAGAGUUCUGGUUUUCCAUUUACCAUAAUUAGACCUGGAAGGUUGACAGAUGGACCAUACACGUCUUACGAUCUCAAUACUUUACUCAAAGCAACAGCUGGUCAACGACGAGCAGUUCUAAUUGGUCAAGGAGAUAAACUAGUGGGAGAGGCCAGUAGAAUUGUGGUUGCUGAAGCUUGCAUACAGGCACUAGAUCUUGAAGUCACUGAAAACCAAAUAUAUGAAGUGAAUUCUGUUGUGGGGGAAGGUCCUGGAAAUGAUGCUCAGAAGUGGCAUGAAUUAUUCGAGACUGCACGCCCUCGCUAACUGGACUUCAAAUAAAAACUUCUAUACCAAAUGCAUCAUAAUUUGGUCAAAAAAAGCUUUACAAUUAUUGUAUAUAUACCCCUUUUUUCUUCAUUAUGGGAAGGCGGGUAAAAUGUGAAUUUAAAAAACAAAUAAAUACAUGAGAGACACAAUCUAGGUACUACUGUAAUUAAAUUAAUUAUUCAGCAUAAACUUUUUGAGUCAUAGUGUAUAAACAUUUUAUUCAGCAUAGCUUCAUUUGACAAUAUUACCAAUUGUAGACACAUCAACACUUGUUACAUAUAUAAAUUAUGUGCAAGUCAAUUAUUCAUC